AAAAAAGAUAAACUCUAUAAGCAGUUCAUUAAUUCUAGGGACUCAACUACUGAGUUAAAAUACAAACGCUAUCGGAACAAACUGAAUCAUCUUAUAAAAAUUGCUAAACGAAAGUACUAUGAUACAAAAUUUGAGAAGGCUAAAAAUAACCUGAAAGAAACUUGGAAACUAAUCAAUGAUGUAAUCAACAAACCGAGCAGAAAAGCAGCUCUGCCAAAUUCCUUUUUCUCUGAUGGAAAACUGUUAAAUGAUCCACAAGAAAUAGCUAACUGCUUUUGUAAGUUCUUCACCAACAUAGGUCCGAAUUUAGCAAGGAAAAUUCCAGACACACAAGUAUCUUUUCGUAGUUUUCUUGGCGUUUCUGUUAAUGAGUCGCUUAUCUUAAAUCCAACUAAUAUUUCGGAACUAAAUCAAAUAUGCAACUCUUUUAAAUCUGGAAAGUCGCCUGGAUAUGAUAACGUUUCAAUGGAUAUAAUAAAAAGCACCUUUGAUCUCAUUUCUCAGCCUUUGGCCAAUGUAAUCAAUUUGUCUCUUAUUAAAGGAGUAUUUCCUGAUGAACUGAAAAUUGCUAAACUGAUUCCGGUAUUUAAAGCUGGUGAUUCCCAGUAUUUCACUAACUACCGUCCAAUUUCGCUUCUUUCUAAUUUUUCUAAAUUCUUUGAAAGAGUUAUGCACAAUCGUAUUACAAAUUUUUAGAUCGUUUAGAUAUCUUAUACUGUUGCCAAUUUGGAUUUCGUAAAAAUAUUCUACAGCGCUGUCUUUAAUUCAUCUUAUUAAUAAAAUUGCAACUGCUAUUGACAGAAGCGAAUAUACAGUUGGCAUAUUCUUAGACUUAUCAAAAGCAUUUGAUACUUUAGACCAUCAAAUACUCUUGUCUAAGCUUGAGCAUUAUGGGAUUCAUGGGCUAGCACUUAGCUGGUUCAAAAGCUAUUUGUCAAAUCGCGUGCAGUUCGUCCAGUACAAAGAGACUUGUUCUAUUAGGCUGACUCUGAGCUGUGGAGUCCCUCAAGGUUCUAUAUUAGGACCAUUAUUGUUUGUUUUGUAUAUCAAUGACCUCCCUUGUGCUACUCGUCUUGCUGAAACUAUGCUUUUUUGCAGAUGAUACUAGUGUGUUUUAUUCUAAUCCCGAUUUAAAUUGUGCUAUUUCUGCCGUAAAUAAUGAUUUAUCUCAAAUUGCUCUUUUUAUGAAAGCAAAUAAGCUCUCUGUUAACAUAACGAAAACUAAUUAUAUCAUUUUUUUGCAGCAAGGCAAAAACCAGUCGGCUUCCCAAUAAAUCCUGUCUUGUACGAUGAGGUUUUAUUAAAACAAGUAAAGGUAGUUAAAUUUUUAGGGGUUUUUAUCGACGAGCAUCUAACGUGGAAGCCGCAUAUUACUUAUAUAUGUAAGAAAAUUUCAAAAUCUAUUGGCGUCAUGUUUAGGUCUCGUUUCUUUCUUUCUGAAACAACAAAAAGUCUCUUUAUUAUACCUUAAUUUAUCCUUAUUUAACAUAUUGUACCACAGUUUGGUCCUCCACUUAUGUAACAAACCUUAAUAGAAUUUUUCUUCUACAAAAGCGAGCAGUACGAAUUAUUACAAAUGCAGAUUUUCGCGCGCACUCUGAACCAUUAUUUUUCCGUUUAAAGAUUUUGGACAUAUACAACAUUAAUUCAUUCUAUACUGCACAAUUUAUGUUUUCAUAUUAUCAUCAAUUACUGCCACCGCUUUUUUCGAACCUUUUUGUUACUAGUAGCAAUAUUCAUAAUUAUAAUACUAGAAGUUCCUCGCAUUUUCGUUCUCAUGCCUGCCGAACUAACACCAAACAAUUUUCUAUUUUGUUCCAAGGCCCUAAAAUUUGGAAUUCUUUACCAAACUCAGUCACUUCGAUUUUUACAUUGCAAUCGUUUAAAACGAAAGUUUUUGAUUUUCUACUAUAUCGAUAA